UACCACAUCAUGUGACAUGGGCAAGAUGAGCUUCAUACAGCUUUCAAAACAACUGGGAACUUGGAAAUCCCUGAAUUACGAUAUCAAUGCCUUCAAGAUGCCUCCGACUUUCCGACCUAAAGAUCACUAAACGUCAUGAUUUUACCUUGUUUUUCCUGAGAUCCCAGUUUUCAUGAAAGCGCCACAAGCUGUACUCGGAAGUGACGCCAGCUGCUGGAUCAUUUUAGUGUGCAGUGAGCCAAGCAUAAAAAAGUGUCAACUCAACCAGACAGUGAGAACCAAAAUACAAUACCCAAAAGUAAAGAGUCGAGCCAAAGAACAGCAGUCGGAAACUGAGAAUUACAACUGUAUCAUUGAAAACUAGAGUAUCUGAAAGGAGUGCAUUAUGAACCCAGUGUACAACCCUGCACCAACAGGGGUCCCCUAUGUCAACCCUAAGGGACAUUUAGUAGGAUACCCAGCUGGAUUUCCUGGGGGGUACUCGGCUGGCCCUGCUUACACUCCCAACAUGUACCACCCUGGAGCCAACCACCCAGCCUUCCCCACAGGUUACGCUCCGGGCACUCCUUUUAAAAUGACCUGCUCGCCCACCACGGGGGCUGUCCCACCCUACUCCUCAUCACCCAACCUCUAUCCUGCAGCAGUCUUCCCUGUGAGGAGCACCUACCCCCAACAGAACCCCUACACACAGCAGCAAGGCACUUACUACACACAGCCUCUGUACGCAGCCCCACCCCAUGUCAUUCAUCACACUACAGUGGUCCAGUCCAAUGGGAUGCCAGCAGCCAUGUAUGCCCCGCCCAUGCAUCACCAGUCCCGCCCCCACAACGGCGUAGCCACGGGGAUGAUAGCAGGGACCACUAUGGCCAUGUCAGCCGGAACUUUGUUGACGCACUCCCCGACCCCCCACCAAGUUACAAUGCCCACAUAUCGACACCCAGGCGUGCCCACCUACAGCUAUGUUCCCCCCCAGUGGUAAAGUGAUGACACUGUCAGAAGAUCGUAGAUAUGCAUUCACACUCCAGUUGGUGAUGACGCUCUCUGGUGUCUCGUGUCAGCUGUUCUUCCUUCCUUUCCAAGCAUACUGUGAAUCUGAAGCCCAACUACAAAACAACACCAGGUGUGUUCAGAACAGGAUGAAGGGAAUAUUCCUACUGCUGACUAUUCCUGUUUUGAAUGAUGCUGUCCAAGAGUCCUUCACUCACUCUGCUGCAUAUCUUGUGUCUGACGGCUAAGUUGUGUUUUGUGUACUGCCUUGCAAUUUUUAUAGCUAACUCUAUUAAGUGGUGCAAAGGGAGUUUGAAUUUGUUUUGCUGUUGGGAUCCAUAUUGAGUUGAAUGUGUGUGUGUGUAUAUACACUGAGUGUAUGAACACCAGGAACACCUUCCUAAUAUUGAGUUGCACACCCCUUUGCCCUCAGAACCGUUUUAAUUCAUUGGGGCCUGGACUCUACAAGGUGUCAAAAUCAUUCCACAGGGAUGCUGGCCCAUGUUGACUCCCCCCAAUGCUUCCCACAGUUGUGUCAAGUUGGCUGGAUGUCCUUUGGGUGGUGGACCAUACUUGAUACACAAUGAAAUCAAUGAGCGUGAAAAACCCAGUAGUGUUGCAGUUCUUGACACAAACCGGUGCGCCUGGCACCUACCAUAACCCGUUCAAAGACAGUCUUUUGCCAAGCCCAUUCACCAUCUGAUUGGCACACGUACACAAUCCAUGUCUCAAGGCUUGAAAAUCCUUCAAUAAGGGAUCAUAGCUUUCACCUGGAUUCACCUGGUCAGUCUCAUGGAAACAGCAGGUGUUCUUAAUGUUCUCAGUGUAAAAGAAGAAAUAACACGAGCUCAAUCUACCUUCCGUGACUAAUGCAAAAUCAUCAAAAAGAAAAAUUCUAAUGAACUACAAAAGAAAGAAAAAAAACUGCAAUUUUGAAUGACUGAUGCCAUCUCUUAAUGUGAAACAUUAAAAGAAAGGAACAAGUUAAUUUCACACAAACAGGUAACUUGAGUUUAACACACAAUGCUGUGCAGAACAAUUGUUUUCGUUGCUUGUUUUUGGUAAUGUUGCUAGGAUGCAUUUAUUUCUCUGGGGGAUGCUGUGUUAACAUUUGUCUGUUGGCCAUUUUCGUAUUAUGGGAAAAUUGGCCUUUUUGAGUUUUAAACCUCUGUCUCAGAUGUCUGAUAUCCAACACGAAAACAUUAUUCACGUUCUUUGCCCAUGGAAGAUGUGACACAGACUUGAGUCCUAAAGGUCUUAGGCCAAUGGUCCAAGAGAAAGGAAACGAUGAGACCCUGAACAGUGCUUUACUUCACCGGACCUGAGUACAGGCACCUCCAAUGUUUUACUGCUUGAGCUCCUGUUCCCAUUAGCUAAAAAGUAUCUGGCACCCAAAAUGAGUACAGGCACCAAUUUCAGUUCAACUCAAGUACUGGCCCUAGCAGGAUGACUCAGACCUGUCAUGACAGUUCAUCUAUUUCUGGUCACAAAGGAAAGGAUUUGAGGAAAGGAAGCAAUUUACAACUAUUCGGACUCCAUCCGACAGUGAGUGAUGGAGCGAGAGCAUUUGUAUGCAUGUGAGCGUGUUUGUGUUUAAUUCUAUUAGCUGAACGCGGAUUCAAAUACUAAAGCCAUUGUGCAGACAGACGUAAUGUAUGUAUCACACCUGAACAUUUCUACAGAUUCCUUUCUGUUAUUGGUUUGGGUUUAACCACACCAAGAGCUACAGACUUUAACAGGUUUUAAACUUUUAUCCUGGAUUUAUUUGAAUGGAUUAAAUAGAUUAGAAUUAGAAUAGCGCUAUUGGAAGAAAAUACACAUUUGAGAUGCUCUGUUUUAAGGAAGCCAGAACUUGACAUUGUUUGCUAGUCACCUCAAGGCUCCACCAGAACUUACCAAUAUAUCAUUGUCUUUGAUUUGCUCGUCUAUAGUGCCUUUACAAGAUGUCACCUCAGUUACUGAAUCUGUUUUGUAAUGUUUUAUGUGUUUUUGUUUUUUUUAUUUUCAAGAAAGACCAAAAAAUACAAUUAUGAGAAUUGUCAA